GUACUACGAUACCUUCAGGUUGGUAUACAAAGGCUUUGGUAUUCAAUCCUCUGAUGCAACGACUGGAUGGUUUUUUCAUCUGUCUGAUCCUCGACAUAGACUGUUCUUUCUGUUCUUUCUGUUCUUUGUUUUUCAUUUCAAUGUCAUAAUAUUCCGUCAUGUCAUCUCUCAAUCCUUUCUGGGAGUACCUCACUCCUGUCACCAGCCGUGCCAGCCUCACCUCGGCCUCUGAAACACCAACUCGCAACUUUACCUAUCAAUCUGCUGGCAGACCGAUCCGAAAUUUCAACCUGAUUCCAUCUUCCGAUGAUGAUCUUCAGAAUCAAGCAUUUCUGCCUCGGGCCACAGGUCCGUCUGUGCGGACUAGAGACCCAAUAUUUACGGAGAACCCAUCCAAAUCCUCCAGCAGGAGCAGUUCAAGAGCCGCACGAUCUCUUCCUCCGAAAUACGAAUAUUCAUCAUGGCCGUCGGCCGCCAAGUAUUCUCUAUCGUCUUCAUGUCAAGACGAGCCAUGUCCAAAAUUCCCAUUGACAAAGGCUGUCAUUCUUCCAGCAAUCAUUAUUAUUGUCCCCAUGACUCUCCUUAUUGGGGCCCUCUUUGGGCUGAUCCUUGGCUACAGAGUCAAGUCUGACAAGAGCCUUUUCACCCAGGUCUCGAAUUCACACCUGCUCGAAAAUCGGGGCGUGUUUCUCGUUAACUAUUCGGCUACUCGGAUAGUCUUCGUCGCCUCUUGGGCUUCCACCAUGGCCCCUCUAUUGGCAGGCUUCAUCAUGAAUCUCCACAGCUUUCAAUCUGCCCUGGUCAUGACUCGAUCAUCAUCCGGCUUUGACCAGCAUGAUUUGCCAACCCCAUACCAGUACAGUCUUCUUGUAGGCCUGUGUCUGGCGUCGAUUGGGAGAUUGUGGCGUUUCUUCUCCUACUCGGCAGGAAAAGACGUGGUCAUCCCUCCAGUACUCCGUCGAGCAGCUCGAAUGCUCUUCUUGACACUCUUAUUGGCCUGUGUCGUAUUCGCUGCCGACUCUGCCGUCCACUACACGACCUCCACGAUCGCCUUUGACCGUGUCUCCGUAUCCUCCGAAAAGCUGGCUUACGGCCGUGGCCUCUCAGAAGCAUGUUUGACUCUCAAUCGCUCAGAAAAUUUCGGUCUCCCUUGUUCCCGCAACGGCCUCGUUGCCAUGAAUGAUUACGAUACAUUUGCCAGGGGACAGAACGAAAUCUUCUUUCUCAAUCACGGCACUAGCAAUGAGUCGGAAAUUCUUCUAGUUGACCAACCAGGCAGCAAUGACACUAUUCAGGCCGCUGUCAUCAUUCCUCAACACGCUAUUCUGAACACUUAUCGAGAUUACCGUGCCGAGACUGUCGGAAUUGUCACGACCUGUGAGCCCAUCACGAAUCAAUGCGAAUGGACAGACGGGGGUUCCAACGACAACUAUAGCCAAUUUAACUGCAGCGACCACUUCUGGGGCAUCCUCGGAAAGAUGGUCCAAAUCGAUACGACGGGUAGGACAGUGGAAGACCCCGAUGUGCCUCCCCUUGCGUACAAGCCAGGUUCCGCUGUGCAGUAUGCCUAUUUCCUGGACGCAGAUUUGAAUGUCCCGUAUGACAGUGCUGGAGAUCUUGGUCCCAUGAUGGAUGACUCGGAUCUGAUCAACCCUGUAUACUUCGGCUUUGCUGCUCGUUUUGCAGCGGUGUCACAGCGUGCCGGCGUCAACAUGAGCUCAGAUCCCGGUGUACAUCAAGGACUCACUGCCACUUACGAUGUCAUCCUCAAAUGUCAAUAUAUCACCUCUUCGGUGGACUACAGCUGGGUCAAUUCAAGCGCUUAUAUCAAUGAGAUUACUCCAUCCCCCAACGGGACCUUGGCCGAACUUUUCCACGGUUACAAUCUGGCUGGGAGCUUCAGUUCAUUCGACAACGAUGUGCAGGACUUGUUUCUUCAGGCCGUCUUGUCUGAGAACACACAACAACUAGCCGAUUCGUUCGCCAACGGAUAUUCGAAACGUGUCCUGGGAGUCAUCGGACCAUUCCUAUCAGCACGCGAGAAUCUCCAGGAACAAAAUCGGACGCCGUUGCUGGUGGCCAAGGUCCCGAAACUUCCUCUUGCGUUCCUGGUUGCUUGUUGUCUGGGAUAUGUCGUCUUGGGCAUUACAUCUGUUGUAAUUGCCUGCAGAGCUCUUGGAAAGCUGGAUGUGAGAGAUGUUGCGUUCCGAUUCAGUCUUCCAGCCCUGGCCUUGUACGCUUUCCGAGACCGCACCACCGACGAGGCGGCACUAAAGCCGGCCGAUGGUGGACAUCCGGUCUUUGAUGAGAAGAAGAUCACCAGUGAGACUAUGAGGGUGGCUGUCGAGGGGGAUCCACGUAACGGAUUCAGCUUGAAGAGCUUGGUAUGACCUUGUUCUCGUCAAUAUCACCAUUGUCUCUGAGCUUAACUUCAGGGGUCUUGUUGACCAAACCUAUUGAAGUUCACACAUGUAAGCCUAAGCGAGGUAG